UCAACAUUCAAAACUCAUCCUCGUGAGAUUUUCUUUUCAAUUAAAAAUAUGCAAAAUUGAAUAUAAGAAUUUGCAUGACCUUCAUUUAUUUUAUUUAAAAGAAAGCUAUUCCUUAUUAUUUAGAUGCCGAGUAUUAUUUACGGAAAAUCCUAUAAGUUUAUAUUAUCAUUUAUAUCCAAAAGGUAUACGAGCACAAUAAAUAGCAGCAAAAUGCAAGUAUUUACGCAGAAAAGGAAUCCUUUAACCGGCAGUACAGAAUGGGAUGUACAACACGAAGACUAUGAUUAUCACCAAGAAAUAGCACGAUCAGCUUUUGCUGAUAUGCUUCAUGAUACUGAGAGGAACAAGAAAUAUUAUCGGGCUCUACAAUUGGCUAUAGAAAAGAUGCAUAGUGAGGGAAAGAAGGCCAAUGUUUUGGAUAUUGGCACUGGUACUGGCUUAUUAUCGAUAAUGGCAGCCAAAUGUGGUGCAGACACAAUAACAGCAUGUGAAGCUUUCAAGCCUAUGGCAGACUGUUGCCUCAAAAUACUCCAGCGUAAUGGUGUAGCCGAUAAAAUCAAGGUCAUACCAAAGAGAUCUACUGAAUUGGUUGUUGGAGAGGAUGGUGAUAUGCAGGAAAGAGCUAAUAUUCUUGUCACUGAGGUGUUUGACACUGAAUUGAUUGGUGAAGGAGCACUAUCAACAUUUGAUCAUGCCCACAAGCAUCUUCUAGAGAAAGACUGUAUAGUUGUACCAGACUCUGCUGUGAUAUACGCACAAGUGGUGGAAUGUCCAACAUUACAGAAAUGGAACAAACUGAAUGAUUUGGCCAAUGAGGAUUUGGAAAUUAUAUUGAGGACUCCUUCUAAGAUGAAAGCCUGUGCCGGUUCAGCUGCAGUACAUGACAUACAAUUAUCACAAUUACCAAGAAAUGCCUUCACAGAAAUUUCUGACCAGAUUCCCGUAUUCUAUUACGAUUGGUCUGGCCGUUCAGCCAUUAAUAUGAGGAGGACUGUGAAACAACAGUUCACUGUGACUGCUACAGGCAACGCGCAGAUUGUGUUUAUGUGGUGGGAGCUUAAUAUGGAUACUGAAGGUAAAAUAGUAUUAAGUUGCGCUCCAUGGUGGAGUCAUCCAGAUGCAGAUUUGUCAUCGGAAAGACCGCAAGACUCGAUACCCUGGCGAGAUCACUGGAUGCAAGCAGUGUACUAUCUCCCACAACCUAUUGCCGUACAAAAGGACUCGGAAGCAACUCUAGUCUCUUGUCAAGAUGAAUACUCCCUAUGGUUCUACUUAGAAAAUCAUGAAAUGAAAUACAAAAAGUAUGUAAGACCAAUUUGUGAGUGUGGUAUUCAUAUGGCAUUGUCAAGAACACAUGUGUCCUAUUUAAAUGAUGGAAGACGAAGUAAGAAGAUGCUAGCACAGAUAAAAGAAGACUUAGUAAAGGACGCAGUUGUACUAGACUUAAACGGCAGUAGUUUUCUUGGACUCGCUGCUGCAAAAAUGGGCGCGAAAACCGUGUACAUAAUGGAAAAUAUGCAUUUACAUAUAGGCAUUUUAAAUGAUUAUAUAAAAGAAAAUUCUAUAGAGAAUGUGAAAAUUAUAACAGAACCAAGUGAAGAGAUUCUUAGUGAAGUUACGAAUAUCAUUUGUGAUCCGAAUUUUAGUAGUGCGAUAUUACCAUGGGAGAAUUUAAAGGCUGCUUACCUUUUGCAUAAGUACAGAAGUAAUUUAAAGGAAUGUGUGACGAUAAUGCCGGAAGGUUGUGAAUUCUGGGCAAUGCCAGUCGAGUUUAAUGACUUGCAUAAAAUAAGGAUACCGUUGAAUGUGUGUGAAGGGAUCAAUAUGGGAAUAUUUGAUGAGCUUGUUGAGAAUUCAAGAAUUAUAAGUGACGCAGAAAUCGAAGCGCAACCUCUCUGGGAAUAUCCGUGCAAAUGUAGUGGACAGCCGAAGAAACUUCUAGAGAUACACUUGAAAGAUCUUAAGGCAACAUUUGCGACUGACGGUGUAAAUGCGAUAGCAGAAACUUCUGAGGGUAAUUUCGCAGUGAAUGGCUUUGCAAUAUGGGCAGUUUGGAUAGUUGGCGGAAAGCCAAUAAGUGCUGGCCCAACAGAGUGGCCCAUGCUUGGCCAACAAGUGCAAUGGGAUAUGCAUUCCAGACAGGCUGUGAAAAUCUUAAAAAAUGCCCAAAAUGUGACAAGUGCGGACAAAUGGAGUUAUCAAGUUGCAUGUGAUUUGGAGAAAGGACAAUUCAAUAUGGUGAUCAAUUUGGUUGCUACUGAAUCAUAAAUUGUUAUAAUAAAUGUAUGUUAUACAUU